AUUGUUCUAAGGGGAUAUUUGAAACAUAUAACAUUACAUAAACCAUUUUCUUUCCUUGUUUCACUUCAAUUUCACUAGGUAAAACAAGCGGUAUGGAGAAAACGAAACGGACUAAAAACCUCGGGAUAUUGUCACCCAAUGUCCUUUUUCCAUUUGUAGUACUUACUUUUGAGAAACACAUUUAAAAAUAACCAGUGACAUUUGCAUCAAAGAAUUGUGUACAUCAGAUACGUCAUCAAUGUUUAUCUUUUAAAGACUCAAAGAAAAAGUUUUGCUGAACUUACAUAUCGUUCUGUGGCAAAUUGAUAAUAUUUUUUCUCUGGAUUAAGAUCGAUAGUAUUAAUUCUUUACUUAGUUGUCUGGAAUGUGAACAAGAUGACUUUGCAUUUGACUUAAACUUGGACAGACUUAAAAAAAGUUUAACACCCACAUCAGAUAUUGACAAAGAUCACGGUAGUAGAAGUAGUUAAUAGGAAUAACAUAAAUAAAUGUGAAGAAGAUAAACAUCUCUAUGUUGUUGUGAUAACAAAAAAAGAACAAUGGAAAAUGAAUUGUGUGUGAACAAGUCUCAACUUAAGACAGUUAAAAGUAUUGAUUUCCCUAGUGACAUGAAUAAAAAGAAAGGGAAAACAUCAUACAACUGUGAUGUUUGUGGGAAAUCAUUCUUAAAAAGUCAUUACUUAACAAUACACACACGUACCCAUACGGGAGAGAAACCCUAUCAGUGUGAUAUCUGUGGUGAUUCAUUCACUAGAUGUAGUAUUUUGAUUAAUCAUAAACGUAUUCACACAGGAGAGAAACCAUAUCAGUGUGAUGUCUGUGGCAAAUCAUUCACUCAAGGUUCUGGUUUAACUAGACACAAGCAAAUUCAUACAAGAAGGAAGCUAAAUCCCUGUGGUAUCUGUGAUAAGCCAUUCUCUGAAGGUUGUGGUUUAACUAGUCAUGAGCAUACUCACACGGGAGAGAAACCAUACCAGUGUGACAUCUGUGGUAAAAAGUUCUCUCGAAACAUUAAUUUAACGAUACACAUGCGAAGUCAUACAGGAGAGAAGCCAUAUGAGUGUGAAAUCUGUGGUAAAUCCUUUUCUCAGAUAAGCAACUUGGCUAUGCACAAACGGAUUCACACAGGAGAGAAACCAUAUCACUGUGACAUCUGUGGUAAAUUGUUCUCCCAGAGUGGUGACUUAACUGUACACGUACGGGUUCACACGGGAGAGAGACCGUAUAAGUGUGAUAUCUGUGGUAAAUCAUUCUCUCGAAAAGAUCGCUUAGGUGAACACAAACAAAUUCAUAUGGGGAAGCCAUAUCUCUGUGAUGUCUGUGGUAAAUCAUUCUCUCAAAGUGAUUGUUUGGCUGAACACAAGCAAAGCCACACACGAAAGAAACCAUAUUCCUGUGAUAUCUGUGGUAAAUCAUUCUCUCGAAACGGUCACCUAACUUCACACAUAUUUACUCAUACAGGAGAGAAACCAUAUCAGUGUGUUACCUGUGGUAAAUCUUUCUCUAGAACAAGUGAGUUAACUAUACACGUACGUAUUCAUACAGGAGAGAAACCAUACCAGUGUUAUAUCUGUGGCGACACAUUCCCUCAAAGGAUUCACUUAAAAAAACAUGCAAGUAUUCAUAUACAAUAGUAAUUGUAUCAAUGUAAAAAUUCAGGUUUCAAUAAAUGAUAGUUUGAAU